GCCGUGUUACGUCAGUAUCUUGUCAGCUGUUAUCAGUUGGAUUACGUUGCGAGUGUCGUAACGUGAUAUAACAAGUAUAUACGCAAUUGUAUUGUGGUACGUAAAUUCAAUAACACGAAUUAGGAGCAAAUUGUUCCAUCUCGUAUCUCGUAUCUUACUUAAUAUAUAUUUUUAAUAGAUCAGCCGUCGAAGCGAAAAAAUGUCUUUCAUUCCAUUGCUGUUUUCCGAAUGGGGUGAGGAUCUAGGGCAUCCUCAUAGUCUGCUGGACCAAAACUUGGGUCUGAGUCUACGCCCGGAACAGCUAUCAUCGCCGGCUAGAACUAGCACCAGCCUCUAUUUAGAUAUGUUACCGCAACGGAAUCCCACCUUGAAUCAGCUCAAGUCUCUGUUGGAAUUGCUGCAGCAGCGUGAGAACAAUGGCCCAUCCGUUUCUCCUCCUCCCCCCGUGAACAAGGAUGAUUUCCAGGUAGUGUUGGACGUGCAGCAAUUCGAGCCGCACGAAAUUGAAGUGAAAAUUGUGGAUGAUUGUCUCGUUGUCACGGCCAAGCAUGAGGAUAAGCGAGACGAGCACGGCUGGGUGUCUCGUCAGUUUGUCAGGAGAUGCAAGUUGCCAGAGGACUCUAAUAUCGAACAACUGACAUCCAGGCUGUCCUCUGAUGGUCUUCUGACAAUUGUUGCGCCCAAGAAACGACCAUUGAAGGAGGAGGAAACGGAAAGAACAAUUCAAAUUGAACGUACUGGAAAACCUUUCAUCAAUGAGCAAUGAGAAAAGUCAAAGAAAUCCAAGCAAAAUCCCGCAAACGAUGGAGAGAAGCAGACGGAGUGAAAAAUCAGCAUUUUAAUUAUAUAUAUUGUUUGCUAAACUAUUUCUGUAUUUCUUUAAUUAUUGAUUAGACUGCAAUCUAUAAUAGAAUGUUUUGUUUGUAAUGCAGAUUUUCAUAGCUCAAGUUGUCUACUCUAUAAAUCAAAGUAUAAUAUGAAUACAUAAUAUUAUAAUAUUUGCAACCCUGAAAACACAGAUAUUAUAUAUAUUAAUUAAUUAUAUAUAUUAUAGAAUGCAUUUAUCUAAAAAUUAUUUAUACUAAAUUCUAUAUAUGUAGAUCAUGUGUUAUAUAUAUUUAGUAUACUAUAGCAAUAAUAUUUCCGCAAAGAAAUGGAUACAUUAGUGUGAAUGUAGAACCCAUUAAUCUACGCACUAUAUUAAUUUAUUGCUACACAUUUUCUAUUUUUACAUUAUUUUACAUUUAGUUUUUAGUUUUACAUCUAAAGUUGUUUUAUGAAUUUUUUUCUGAUAAAUUAGGAAAAGUGAUUGUGUUAAGAAACCAAAAAUUAUAUAUUACUUUAAUCAAUUCAAAGUUAAAUCUGAAACUCUAGAACAUAGAAGAUUAGUUAUAUGUAAUAUUGAUAUGUGUAGUACAUUUGUGUUUAUAAAAUAAAGAUUAAUGUUUGAAAUUAA